CAUACUUACCGUAUUGUUAAUGUGCCUUAUUUCUAAUCACCGUCACAGAGUGCUAGAUGUUGACCUCAAACCAAAACAUGUACACUUCAAUGAGCAUGUUGCAGAGACAAAAGCAAAAUUGAGGCAUACUAGGAUAGAGUUGGCAAACCAACAUGACGAUGAUAAUGCAGGAUUCGGAAUAAGAGAAAUGAAAUCAAUAGAUGUCAUACAGGAAAUACCAACUGAUAUCGUACUUGAUCAGUUUCAAAAGAAUGCAUUAUUCUCUUUUAACAGCAAGGAUGUAAAUGCUGACAUAUUGAAAAUGCCAGAGCUUCAUUUUCUUCUUGAUAUGAAAAAUCCAUGUUGGCUUGAACCAUUGACGGCUGUAGAUCCAUAUGCACGCCCCCUGCCAUAUUUGAUGAGACGUCCCCACGCAUUAGAUGGUGUCUUGCAAUACAAUUCUAAAAUGUUCAAUAACUCAAAAAAUCCGUAUAGAGUGCGAUGUCUUCCCUACGUUUAUAUUCUUGGUGUUCAAAAGUGUGGUACCUCAGAUCUUUAUGAGCGCCUAGCGAUGCAUCCAGAUUUCCAUCCUUGUGUGAAUAAGGAGUUGCACUGGUGGGAUAAUCUUCCAACGGCAGUUAUGGCUAAUCUAAAAACAGGACGAAACAAGUUUCAACAAUUUCUUUCGCUAGAUGAGUACAUCAGUUACUUCGACGACGCGGCACUUAGAAUCUCCGAGACAAAAGAAACGCAUGGAGCGGCGGCAGAACAAAUGGGAAUAACAGGGGAGGCUACUCCAAAUACACUGUACGACAAUAAAAAUUGGAGAGAAUACCCCGGGAAUGCUGAUAGAGCAGAACCUAAGUACCUCACGCCACACUUCAUGCACCGUAUACACUCCAAUGCCAAGUUCCUUAUUACUCUGCGGAACCCAACUGCAAGGUUAUAUUCAGGGUACCUGUAUUUCUCUGACAAACCAACUUUGGAGCAGUUUCACAAAUGGACAACUUUGGUAGUCAAACAGUUCAACAAAUGUGUCAGUGAAGCUAGUGAGCGGAAAUGUGUUCAUGAAACAUAUCACCCUACAAAUGAAUUACAGUUACUGAAGUUGCGGCUUCGCACUGGUCUCUACGUUGUUGACAUAGAGGAAUGGACAUCUGUGUUUCCGAAGGAGAAUUUCAAAGUUGUUACUCUAGAGGAGAGAAAUAAGGAUCCUAUUCGACAAAUGAAAGACAUAUUUGCUUUUUUAGAUAUGGAUCCUAUAGAUUUUGCAACGGAGGAACUCAUCAGGGAACUACAUCCAGUGAAUGUUAACAAAAGAAAGGAUGCAACAUCGUUAGGACCAAUGCUCAAUUCAACAAAGACUAUUCUUGAUGAAUUUUAUAAGCCAUAUAACGAGCAACUCGCUCACCUAUUAAAUGAUCCAACAUUCAAUUGGGCAUAA